AAGAGUAGUAUUGACGCCGACUGACAGAGUAGCUGGCAGCGUCGCAGGUCGACACAUCAUAGUCCUCAUCGUUGGCCCAAUCCUCCCCCCCUCCUUGUGCCUCCAUGCCAUCAUCUCUCGCGCCUGGGCCUAUGAGGCAGCUUCGACAGUCCAUAUCGCGUCACACCUCUGCGAGCACUGACAACGCCAGAGGAAGCUCAAGUCGUAGUGGUGGCGGUGGUGGUGGUGGUCAUCGUGGUUCAGAGAUGAGCAUGUGGAGAAAAGGACCAGUCUCUGUGAGUGUGUCAUACAGUGCUGGCUGUGUGUGGUCUUUCUUGGCGGUCGCCAAGGUGAAUGGAUCGAUUGAACCAAGGGAAGGGAAGGGGGGCCAGGGCGGAAGGGAAUAGAAGGGCAGUGCUGACUUUUUCCAUCAUCCCUCUUCUAUACCCCUUUCUCUUUUGUCCUGGAUUAACGAUCACAUCCCUCUCUCAUGCCAUCUCCAUCCAACAUUCACCACCACCACCACCACCACCACCACCACCACCACCAACUCCAUUCAACACCACCGACACCUGCAUCUUCUGGUCUUUCUGGCCCAUCGCCACCACUCAUCAACCUGUCUCCUAACGAUCAGUCUCCAAGAGUAGGUGGACAGGGUCGAGCACCUCUCUUGGCGAAUGCCUCUUUGCCCGGCAUGUCUGAUCCUCGACGUCCACAAUCCAGCGAUUCUAUCGCUUCCUCCUACGGUCCUUCUGCGAGACAGGGAGGAAUGGGAUCGUACAACUCAACCGCCAAUCGAUUCGGUCCCACUGCUUCCUUCACACCUACCGCGUCAAUGGUCAACCUUGCAAGAAGUGAACGGACACCUUUGGCCCCCAAUGGUUUAGAUGAUGAUGAUCUGGACGAUAGCCUGCAUACAUUCACCGCGAGGGAGAAGCAGGACUUGUCCACACCUUUCAGGCUCAGCUCAUGGAGAGGGUGGGCUAACGCCCUGACGUUGAUCUUCCUUGCCCUGGCAGUCAUCGUCUUGUUCGCUGGAUACCCCAUCAUCUCCUUUUACGGGGGUAAUGAUCUUUCCAGUGGUUCCGGGACUUCUGGUUUCAACCUCGGAGGGAUCAACGCGUCUGGACAGUAUCCUGCCAUCUCUGGAAUCCCUCAAUUGAUAGAUCCCGACACCCCACCUGAAGUCAUGACGAGGACCGGGUUCGAUGGAGGCCAGUGGAACUUGGUCUUCUCCGACGAAUUCAAUAAGGAGGGAAGGACGUUUUUUGACGGAGACGACCCAUUCUUCCAAGCUGUGGACAUCCAUUAUUGGCCGACAGGUGAUUUCGAAUACUACGAUCCUUCCGCUGUGACCACCAAGGACGGCCAUUUGGUCAUCACCAUUGAUCAAGAAGCCAUCGGAGGCCUCAACUUCAAAAGUGGCAUGGUCCAAUCCUGGAACAAACUUUGUUUCAACAAGAAUGCCUAUUUUGAAGUCUCCGCUAGUCUGCCCGGAAACUCUGGCGUCGGAGGUUUCUGGCCAGGUAUCUGGACAAUGGGUAAUCUAGGCCGACCGGGAUACGGUGCAACGACAGAGGGGCUGUGGCCCUAUUCGUACGACUCUUGCGAUAUUGGAACCCUCCCGAACCAGACAUGGGUCAACAAGACGGGACCGAUCGCCACGCUCACAACGGGAGCUAACGGCGGUAGCUUGUCCUACCUCCCCGGUCAACGGUACUCUGCCUGUACUUGUCCUGGUGAGGAUCACCCCGGACCAUCCGUCGACAUCGGACGUGCUGCCCCGGAAAUCGACAUCAUCGAGGGACAGAUCAUCAUCUCCAAAGCGACCGGAGAAAUGUCUCAAUCGUUCCAGAUCGCUCCGUAUGACGAUUACUACCAGUAUGAUAACCGUACAGCGGGGUCUUACGAAUUCUUCGACACAUCUAUCACUAUCCCCAACACCUAUCUUGGUGGACCAUUCCAACAGGCUGUAUCAGCCUUGACAGAGGUAGAAGAUCAGAUCUAUCGCGAUCAAGUCCCAGUCGGUGGACAGUUCGGGGUCUUUGGCUUCGAAUAUGCAGCUGAAAAGGACAGGACGAAGGGAUACGUCACCUGGGUCAGUAUGGGUAAACCAAGCUGGACCAUGUCAGCCCAGACAGUCGCUGCGAAUCCGAGAACAGAGGUGGAUCAGAGGCUCGUCUCGGAAGAACCGAUGACGUUGAUCUUCAACUUGGGAAUGUCAAACAACUUUCAAAAUGUCGACUUUGCCCAUUUGGUCACGCCAAACGAGCUUCGUAUAGACUACAUCAGAGUUUGGCAGCGUGCGGAUGGGUCCGGCUCUGUAGGAUGUGAUCCCCCUGACAUGCCAACCGCAGCGUUCAUCGACAAGUACAUGCACAUUUAUCAAAACGCCAACUUGACCACUUGGGAGCAAGCUGGUCUCCAGUUCCCUAAGAACCGACUAUUAGAGGAGUGCUAGUUUGUGCUCCCCCUCCAGCACCUCAAAUCCAGCCCCUCAUGUCCAUAACGACAGCCACGACAUUUUAGAUCACAGCCUCAGUCUCCCUUCGAGCACAAGCUGCUCCAGCAUACAUUCCCUGAUCUCUGCUUCUGAGGCCCCCUCGUCCUGUAUCCAACGAUGUAGUCUGCAUUUGUCUCGCCGAUUGGAGGCAUUCAUUAGAGCUCUCUGACCGCGAGGCUACUCCUCUGCAUUCCCGCCAUUGCAUGCACUGUUGCACUUUUCUGCCACGA